AUGAAAAUGAAGAUAAUUAUAUUUAUUUGCAUUUGGGCAGCCGCAUGGGCCAUUCCGCUUCCUCAAAUCAUACCAUUGGAAAGACGCAUUGUUGAAAAAUCUGUGAAUGUACCUUUUCUAGCACACUCAGGAACUCCAGCACAGAAUGAGUUGUACGUCAAUAACACCGUGAAGGACAGUAGUGACCCCCUGAAAGGGAGUGAAAUAGGAAGACAAGUGUAUACCAAGGACGGCUACAAAAGAGAAGGGAAUGGCUCUGAGUCAACAGACGCAGGAGGGACAAAUUCUACACGGCCCAUUUUAGCAAAUGAACAGGGGAACACUGCAGAUGAAAAUGAGGAUGUGGAAACUCAUGGUCGUGAUGAGAUACGUGCGAAAGGAGAGAACAGCACAGCGAAGGACAUCAGCAGCCAAGGAAGCAUCACUGAAAACGCCGGAGAAGCAAAGGAGAGUAAUGUCGAUGGACACGCUGGUCAGGACACAAAAGCUGGGGGUGCUGAUGAUGCGAGCCGGGAUGGAGACGCCACCCUUGUCCAGGGAGGUGGACCUCAAGUAGCUGGAAGCGAGGAUAGUACAAACCAUGAGGUUGGCAUACAUGGGGAUGGGGUUGGUACCCAUGAAACAACACCUCAGAGAGAAGAGGAGGGAAGUGGGGACAAGGGGGCUGAGGUAACUCCAAGCACUGAGGAUGACCCUGGUUUGGGUAAUACUGAUGGGAGUCCCAGCGGGGAUGGGGAAAAUGGGGAUGAGGACAUGGGCUCUGGUGAUGAUGAGGGUACAGAAGCAGGAGAUGACAAGGGCAGCCACGAUGUCAGUCAGGGCCAGGAGGACCCGUCUCAUCAGGGGAAACAGGACAACAGAGGUCAGGGUUCAGUUGGUAGUGAGGAUGACAACUCUAAAGAGAAAGAAGGCUCCCCAGGUGGAUGUGAUGGAGACAACACCUCUAGCAGCGAGGAGAACAAUGGUCUCGAAGAAGGCAAUGGCAGCCAGGCUGUGCAAGAAAACCAGAAGCUCAGUCACAAAGGCAGCGGAGGAGGUCCAGACGGCGGAGUCACCUGCCAGUCAGAAGCGUGUCCUCUUGGGAAGAGCCAAGACCAGGGCGUAGAGACCGGAGGCCCCAGCGCAGGUACCACAAGGAAUGUCACCAAUGAACCUGAGAAACACGGUGAAAGUCAAGAGAGCAAUGGGCGCCGGGGGAAGGAGGUGGACCACGGGACCAGCCCGAGGCCAGGGGAGCCUGGCCGGCCUCAAGGGCCCGUCGAGGACUCAGAAGCCCCGAGCAAAACGGGGCGCAGCAAGGUAGUGAGCGGCAGCAGCAGCGACGACGUGCGCGACAGCUACGACUUGGAUGACGAGUCCAUGCAAGGAGACGAGCCCAACAGCAGCGACGAGUCUGCCGGAAGGGACGGUGCCAGCUCAGAAGGCGACAGUGAGAGCGGCGGCCGCGGGGACGCUUCCCCCAGCUCGGAGGAGUCAAGAGACGCCGGCCACGGCAGUGACUCCGACGGCGGCGAUGAGGACAGCAGCGACGGCACAUCUGAUGCCGAGGACAGCGACGGGGACAGUGAGAGCGAUGACAAGGACGACAGUGACAGUGACAGCAGUGACAGUGACAGCAGUGACAGCAGCAGUGACAGUGACAGUGACAGCAGCAGUGACAGUGACAGUGACAGCAGCAGUGAUAGUGACAGUGACAGCAGUGACAGCAGCAGUGACAGCAGCAGUGACAGUGACAGUGACAGUGACAGUGACGACAGUGACAGCAGCAGUGACAGUGACAGCAGUGACAGCAGUGACAGUGACAGCAGCAGUGACAGCGACAGUGACAGCAGCAGUGACAGUGACAGUGACAGCAGCAGUGACAGUGACAGUGACAGCAGUGACAGUGACAGUGACGACAGUGACAGUGACAGCAGCAGUGACAGUGACAGUGACAGCAGCAGUGACAGUGACAGCAGUGACAGCGACAGUGACAGCAGUGACAGCGACAGUGACAGCAGUGACAGCGACAGUGACAGUAGUGACAGUGACAGCAGUGACAGCAGUGACAGUGACAGCGACAGUGACAGUGACAGCAGCAGUGACAGUGACAGCAGCAGUGACAGUGACAGUGACAGCAGUGACAGUGACAGCAGUGACAGCAGUGACAGUGACAGCAGUGACAGUGACAGCAGUGACAGUGACAGCAGCAGUGACAGUGACAGCAGUGACAGUGACAGCAGUGACAGCAGUGACAGUGACAGCGACAGCAGUGACAGCAGUGACAGCGACAGUGACAGCAGUGACAGCGACAGUGACAGCAGUGACAGUGACAGUGACAGCAGCAGUGACAGUGACAGCAGUGACAGUGACAGCAGUGACAGCAGUGACAGUGACAGCAGCAGUGACAGCGACAGUGACAGCAGUGACAGUGACAGUGACAGCAGUGACAGCAGUGACAGCAGUGACAGCAGUGACAGCAGUGACAGCAGUGACAGUGACAGCAGUGACAGUGACAGCAGUGACAGCGACAGUGACAGUGACAGCAGCAGUGACAGCAGUGAUAGUGACAGCAGCAGUGACAGCGACAGUGACAGUGACAGCAGUGACAGUGACAGUGACAGCAGUGACAGUGACAGUGACAGUGGCAGUGACAGCAGUGACAGUGACAGUGACAGCAGUGACAGUGACAGUGACAGCAGCAGUGACAGCGACAGUGACAGCAGCAGUGACAGCAGUGACAGUGACAGCAGCAGUGACAGCAGUGACAGUGACAGCAGCAGUGACAGUGACAGCAGUGACAGCAGUGACAGUGACAGUGACAGCAGCAGUGACAGUGACAGCAGUGACAGCAGUGACAGUGGCAGUGACAGCAGUGACAGUGACAGCAGUGAUGAGAGUGAUAGCAAGUCUGUUAAUGGCCACAACACAAGCGACAGUGACAGUGACAGUGACGGCAGUGACAGUGACCACUCAACCAGUGACGACUAGAGCACAGAAGCCCAGACCCUGUGUGUGGGCCUUUGGGGAGAAGUGGAGGCAGCGGGGACUCCUCACCCACGGGGGACAGGCGAGGAGCAGGUCCUGUGGGACCCACAGCUCGCGGGGAACCGAGUCAAACCUGGAUUUGGAGCCAAGCUCAACUCUCUCAGAGAAGAUCUGGGUGACCAACCUUGGAACCUGUCUGUUAAAAUAUAUUCAUGUUCAGAAAAUAUUUUUGGAAGUUUAAGUCUAGACGUAAAAUAAUUAAAGAGAAAGUGAGGUAAUCACUUACUGUGACAUGUAGCUUUGAUUUGAAUCGUGGGUGCUUUAGAGAGUAGAGCAAGCCAAGUUACAGAAGGCCCGCAGCGCCAUCUUCAUCCUCCGGUGGUCUGAGCACCAGAGAGCUGGUCUUCAUGCUGUGGAGCGAGCGACGCUGUUCUGUGACAUUCAGCCCAACUACUGUUUCCUUUACCUGCUCUAGGAAAUACGCAUUUGUGACAUGAGCAAAACAUUGCAGCAACCAUUGGCCCCAUCCAAGGCAUGGGGACAAUCUUUGUGAUGAUAAAAUAGAGUAGUUAUGAAUUAUGGGAAUUCUGAAGAAUGAAUCAGCAAAGAGAUCUGAGGAUGGCUCGAACAAGAUCUGGCACAUGCUGUCACAUUUCUGCAAAGUCCCUAGUCCCCUGCAGUGCUUUGAACAGUGUCUCUCCUCCAGCAGUGGCUCUCAGAUCUUAAGUAAAUGGUUCUCCGUGUACCACUGUGUUAUUUUGUCUUCCAUCAGUCUCACAGGACACACUGGGUCCACAGCUUAAUCAAGAGUUGUAAAGGUGUAUGAGAACAGAGGGACCUUUUGUGGGCGCUAGGGCACUUCUGAAAGUUAGAGAGAUGGCGAGAAUGAACCACCAAGACAGGAGGUGUGGAUUGGGAUUCUCCCACGGGAACCUUAAGCCCUAAGCCUGAAGCAUAUCUUUCAAGAUUUGGCGGUGUGCUUCGCCUUUUCUCUAUUUUUCCAAUUAUGUCAGAUUUGGGUUGAAUCAAAGCUACUAGGUAUGUUAAGACAUUAGUCAACUCUAUUAUUUUAGACAGAUUUUUACCCAGCAUUUCAGGUUUUUCCUGUACUCACUUCCUUUUGCAAGAGAUCUUAGCUAAGGAAUGUUGCGAAGGCUUUGAGAUGCUUCGAUCUAUAAACUCAUCUAUGACUCCUAAACUGUAAGACACCAGGCUUCUGCUUUGCCACAGCCAUGACACGACUCCAGACCUCUUACCAGAAAACAACGGUUUAGACUGUGACUCCUACUAGAUUGCCAACUUGCCUUUUGUUAGAUUAGGUUAACUUGUGAAUCACCGCCUCCAGUACCUGCCAUACCUGGUCACAAACGUGGUGGUGAUCAGUAAACAAUGGAUAGGAAGCUCAUUGUAAACUGUAUAAGAAAUGUAAAUGAAGAGGUACUGCAUUUCAUAUUACAAUAAACAUCUGUUUACACAAUUG